GCAGUGCAUGAAAACGACACCCUGACGAAAGUGAAUGCGGAGUUACCACCCGCCAUUCGUCUCCAAGGGGGUGAAACGCGUGACCAAGAAUUUUCAAACUCAAAAGUCAGUUGCGAUGCCCGGACGUACUUUACCUGAUGCCCACUUUUGCGGUCUGUCCGUUGGAACAGACCGUGACCGAGCAGUACCGCAUUGAUGAGGACACCGCUCUCAGAUGAACAAGAUAUUGGGACUCUUUGUGGGAUCGCAUUACUUACCACAACUACACGGCCGGAAAAUUGCCCAUGGAGCCCUCGUCCCUCAGAUUUAUCACCGAGUUUGAGGCUGGUGAGCCAUUUGAACAAAGUGGCCUGGAAUUUGUCGUGAUCAAGGUCAAAGGCCAGAGUUUCAUGCUGCACACCAAAUUCGCAAAAUGAUUGGAAUGAUGAUCUCCGUGAUGCGUGGCUACACAACCGAAGCGACCAUUGAAGCCACAUGGGCCAAAGAUCGCAUCGAUAUCCCAAGGGGCCCUGGUUUGGGUCUCAUGCUCAACGAGGUUCACUACGAAAGGUAUAACAAACGCUUUGGCUCGGAUGGCAUCCAUGAAGCUUUGACUUGGGAUGAGCUCCAGGAUGACUUGGAAUCCUUUAAGAAAGAUGUCAUCUUCGCCGAUAUCAUACAAACUGAGAAAGAGGAGAGGUCGAUGUUGGAUUGGGGAUGGAACCUUCCUAUUCAUUCGUUUGAACCGAGGCAUUUUGAAUCCGUGGACUCGCCCAGAAACCCUCUGAGGCAGGCCAAAGGUCUUGUGGGCAAACUCAACGAUAAAGAUGCGGAAGAAGACGAGCAGUUACAGAAAGAGCAAAACGGAGCUGGUCAUGAUGCCGAUGAUGUAUUUGAAGAAGCUAACACAGACCCAAAAGGGAAGAAGAAAUGUGAAGUAGCGGAAAUUUAAGCGUGAGCUCUUCUUGAAUCAUUUCAUUAUCCUAUUUAAAGGAAUAUACGUUUCUGCGCAUA